UAUUAUAAGAAAUUUCAAAUGUCAGCAGCUGAGAAUAGAUUUGUGUUCAUUGUUGAAUGGUAUGACGAACAGGCUUGCCUCGUCAGAAACUACAACCUUACUUAUUACCUAGACGACCACACAAUUGAUAUGUUUGAUAUAAAGAACAAAAGGAUUUUCUUAAAAAGAACUGCAUAUAAGGGAGUAAACCUAGAAGACCUCCACAUUGGAUCUAUAAUCACGAUUUAUUCCAGACAACUCAAGGUUGUGAGUUAUGCUGAUGCUUACACUAAAGGUGCAUUUGACUCAUCUUCUGAGAAGACAUUUGCAAUGAUCAAGCCAGAUGCUUACCUAAAUAUUGGAAAGAUUAUUUCUAUGAUCUUUCAGGCAGGAUUCAAAAUUAACAAAAUGAAGAUGUCCAGAUUCACAGAAGAUACUGCAGGAAUCUUCUAUGGUGAGCAUAAAGGAAAGCACUUCUACCCAACUUUAGUAGACUUCGUAACAAGUGAUGUUUGCGUCGGGCUUGAAUUAGUGAGAGAGAAUGCUAUCCUUGCAUGGAGAGAAUUAUUGGGCCCAACCAAUACUCAGAGAGCCAAAGAAGAAGCCCCUGAAUCAAUCAGAGCUCAGUUUGGAUCAGAUGGUACUAGAAAUGCAUGCCAUGGUUCUGACUCUCCAGCUUCUGCAGAAAGAGAGCUUGGAAUUUUCUUUGGCUCAGAUAGCGUAAUGCCAAGCACAAGUCUCCAGAACAACUGUACAUGUGGAAUAAUUAAACCUCACAUCGUAAAAUCAGGACUAGCAGGAGAAGUCAUCCAAAUGAUCCUUGACGAAGGCUUUGAAGUUUCUGCUCUUCAGGUCUUCAACCUCGACACCCCAGCUGCUGAGGAAUUCCUUGAAGUAUACAAGGGAGUUCUCCCAGAAUUCCUUCCUAUCGUUGAAGAACUCACUACAGGCCCUUGUAUUGUAAUGGAAAUCAGACAAGAGAAUGUAGUGGAAGCAUUCAGAAAGCUCUGUGGACCCCACGACCCAGAGAUCGCUAAAGUACUGAGACCAAAUACCAUCAGAGCCAAGUAUGGUAUUGAUAGAGUGGCUAAUGCCAUCCAGUGCACUGAUCUUGAGGAAGAUGGAGUUCUAGAAUGUGAAUACUUCUUUAAUCUCCUCCAAAGCUAAAUCAAAGGUAUUAUUCAAUUAAGGAAUAUGA